AUGCUCCGCUCCAGGUCAGGUAGCUGGGUCGGUCUCCACGGGCCCAGAACCGUGGGGGCGGCCUGGGGUCUUCUCUGCAUCCCGGGGACCCUGCACAGCGGGCUCUGGGGCACCCACAGUGGACGGAAGGGCGGCUCUCAGUCAGUCACCAGGAAGGUUUCCUUUCGGGGUGACUCAGCUGCAGGAGCACAGGGCAGGCGGGAGCACGCAGCGGGAUCACCCAGCUCGGCAGAGGGCGGGGAGGCGCUGAGCCCUGCAGGCUGCGUGCUCGGGAGCCGGCCCCGCGUGACCAGUCACACCCAGUGCUGCCUGCACGCGGGCACGGCCACGUCGGGUCUGGAAGCUCACGGCCACGGUCAACACCAAAGCCGAGGCUUUCUGGCCAAGUCACCGUUCUCCCACCCCAGCCACUGCCUGGUGAGCCACAUGGUGCUUCCGUCCCGCACCAGCCGGCAGGCCCUGCUGUCCGCUCCGUCGCGGAGCCCGGCCCAGUGGGCCCCCGUGUCCGCCUACCCCCCCGGCCACUCUGAGAAGCUGCACAGUCCUUGGAGCUGUGAGGGCCAGCUGAAACUUGGCUUCCUUAUCAGCCUCUCAGCCAUGGAGCAGCUAGCCAGGAUCGCCAGCUCGGCGUGGGUCGAUUGGAGUUGGAUUACAAAUGGCACUCGUCUGGAGGAAGUGGUGGACUCUGUAUCUGAAGGCGUGCCCGCAGGCAAGGAUGGACCCAGAAGCAAGCUUGCACGCCUGGGCACUCCGUCCUCAGGCAGGACACGGGACGGAAAACUGAGGACGCCGGUGGUGAACGUGGUCAUGACUCCGUGGGCCCAGAAGCUGAGCAUCCAGGGCAGCGUACAGCCACCGAAGCCGCCUGCCCACCCGCCCUCUCGGGGCGGCCGGCUCUGGGCCACACCUGUGCUCAGCUCUGCGCUGUCGCCGGAGCCUCACAGAAACGCGGCUCCCGACAGAGGAGCAAACCCGGCUCCCACCUCCCUGCACACGCUCUGUGCACCGUUCACCUGGUCUGUUCGGGCUGAUGAAACACAGCAUAGGCCAUGCGCUAAACAACCGUCCCCGCACAGCGCUGGCUGCUGGGAGUCCAAGUGUAACGGAGUAGCGCCGCACGCCACCGUCCGAGACCGCGCCCAUCACCACGAAGCGCUUGAGGCCCAAGCCCGGGGUCUGGUCCUCCUGCUGCGCUUUGGGUUCGGUUUCUCUCCCUAUGCAGACCUGUCUUCAUCUCACUUGGACGAGCGCCUCGGAACGGGUCUGCUGGGCCACACGGCGAGUGUGCGUCUAACAAGUGCAGAGGCCACCGGGCCAUUUUCCAGCCGGGCUGAACCACCUUACAUCCGCAGUGUGUGA